AAGGUGAGCAAAACUGGUGCCGAAGGAAUGGUUUUAGACGAAGCGAAGAAUAUAAAUAAGUCACUCUCGGCCUUAGGAAAUGUAAUCUCGGCGUUGGCCGACGGAAAUAAGUCACACAUACCAUAUCGUGAUAGUAAACUGACCCGUAUUUUGCAAGAAUCUUUGGGUGGAAACUCGAGGACUACAAUAAUCAUCUGCUGUUCUCCCGCCUCUUUCAAUGAAAUGGAAACCAAGUCAACGCUUGAGUUCGGAAAGAGAGCCAAAACUAUUAAAAAUGUGGUUAUAGUGAAUGAAGAGUUGACUGCAGAAGAAUGGAAAAAACGCUACGAACGCGAGAAGGAGAAGGUUAAUAGACUUAGAGGUCAGAUAUCUAGACUGGAAGGCGAAGUGAACCGAUGGAGAGGUGGGGAAAGUGUGCCCAUCGAUGAACAGGCGAACCUCAAAGACCUGGAGGCCAGUACUCUAAGUUUGUCGGAAUCGGUGCAGAACUUGAGUGCAGUGACGGGUCCGGUCUCUACCGAGACUAAUAUAUCUCAGAUAAUUACCUCUUCUGAACCGAUGAGUAAUGAGGAAAGAAUGAAGUUUGAAGAGGAGAGGACUCGACUGUACGCCCAAUUGGAUGAAAAGGACGACGAGAUCGACAAAUACAGUCAGCAUUUGGAGAAACUCAAGGAACAAGUGGUAGAACAGGAAGAGCUGAUCACCUCUUCUCGAAGAGAUAACGAACUGCUCCAACAGGAGACGACUCGUAUUCAACAGGAAAACGAAUCCGCAAAAGAAGAGGUGAAAGAAGUUCUGCAAGCGUUGGAGGAAUUGGCCGUCAAUUAUGACCAGAAAUCACAAGAAGUUGAAUCUCGGAAUCGAGAGUUUGAGACUUUGAGUGAAGAUCUGAACACAAAGUUAAGCGCAUUGAAUAGCUCUCAAUCAGAAUUGACGCAAAUGAAAGAACAAAGUCUUCACCAAAGGAAACGACUCAACGAAAUGCUCACAAAUCUAAUGAAAGAUUUAGGAGAAGUGGGUAUUAUUUUAGGGGCUAACCCGAGCUCUGUUAUCGGCGAACUCAAAGUGGCCGGAGAUAGCAAUAAAAUGGAAGACGAGUUCACUGUCGCCCGACUAUACAUCAGCAAAAUGAAGAGUGAGGUCAAGGCAUUGACUUCGCGAACGCAACAAAUGGAAAGCCUUCAGACGACUUGCAAUAAAAAGAUUGAAUCGUAUGAAAAAGAUUUGGCCGAAUGUCGGCUUCUUAUCAGUCAAUACGAAGCGAAGAUGAAGUCCUUACAGGAGUCGAUGCGUGACAUCGAAAAUAAGAAGCGUUCGCUCGAAGAAGCUGUGGAUCAGCUGAACGAAGAGUGCACUAAACUUAAAGCGGCCGAAGAGAUGCAUGACGUGACCACCAAAGAGAAGCAAAAAGAAAAGGAUUCCGUCGAGAAGAUGAAGAAAGCGUUGGAACAACAGAUAGAGAAACACCGGGAAAACCAUCAAAAACAGUUGUCAGCGCUCAGGGAUGAGAUCGCAGAGAAACAGUCACUCAUUGAUCAUUGGUUAAUAUCGGGAUCGGAGUUAAAGCGCUUUAACUCCGAUCCCGAUUCACAUAAAAUCUAUUCAAAUUACUAUAUGUCUUACAUAUGA